AUGAAUCUACCAAAAAUCGAAUUCUUAAAGAAAAGAAAUAAAUGUAUUUCAUCUUUCAUCAGGAAUACCUCUUGCAGUAGCGGAUGGCUUCGUUUGGUGGUUCAAAUCAUUUUUGGCACUCUUAUUGUGUCCAGCUUUGUCUUGAUCGUCCUCAUGUCGUUAAAUAGCUCUCGAAGAAAUUCAGAGACUAUACUUAAAUGUACCACUACCUCCAACUGCAGGGUCAUAUGCAAUGACGUGCCAUAUUAUGGUCAGCUUGAGGAUGACAUUAUAAAUGCCGUUUCGGAAGUCAACCCUAAUUGCGAAAGCAUCGCUUUGAAAUUAAACAGACCGACAUUCGAAAACUCUGAAAUACCGCAUCAGUGGCUCUCAAAAAUUCGGUUUAAUGUUCGUGAAUUAGCAAUUGUUGGAGGAAAUACGAGACAUAUAUCUUCUGGUACAUUUAUGACUCUAUUAGGCACCAACCUGAUAACGCUUAUUUUAGAGGGAAUUGAAAUAAAGGUAUGGGAUAACUCUAUGUUGAUAGGACUCUCAGAAUUACAAAAUCUUUAUAUCAAAGAUUGUUUUCUGGGAGACGUAAGAGAAAAAGCUCUCGGAGUAGUGAGAAAUAGUUUAGAAUUAUUGGAUAUUAAGGCAUCUAAAAGUUUCAAUCCCGUUAAUUUCACUGGUUCCGCGGAAUUUAAAGCCUUGACCGUUGUGGAUUUUUCUUAUAAUGAUUUUAAUAACAUUCUGGGUUCAUCGAGUUUUACAAGCUUAAAAUAUUGCAAAAAAUUAUUCUUAAAUUCUUGUCAGAUAACUGCGAUACGACUAGGUGCAUUUGAUCAUUUGGAAAGUAUUAAGGAGUUACAUCUUAAUAAUAACAAUUUAAUUACUGUACCAGUAGGUUUGUUCAAUAAAUUGUUGUCACUCGCUCCACAAAUUGACUUACACGGGAAUAACUGGCAUUGUGCUUGUAAUAUAACGGAUUUGAGGGACAUGCUAAAACGAGGGCUAUUAGUCGUUGAUCCUAUUUGCCACUACCCAAAUAAAGUCAAAGGCAUGACUUUCUCUAAAUUCGAAGUGUAUUGUAAUAAAACCACUACGAAAAAACCAAUAAUAUCUGAUUCAGAGGAAAAUAAAAAUUCAUACGAAGAUAUCUGUAAGAAUAUGACUGAAAUUAUUUUUUCAAAUACUUUUUGUUCAGACAAGAAUUCUUCUCGACGUUCUAAAUUAAGGGUGAUAUCCUCAGGACCCCAAAAAUGUUAUUUAAACAGAAUGUAUAACAAUAGUAUUAAAUACGUAAAUUUUGAAAAUAGAAUGUAUGAGGAGUCCGUUACCUGGAUAAAGCCGGUAUAUUCUGUACAGCACAACCUUUACUCUAUGAUUGAAAUGCAAUCUUCGGAGCAGCCGGGACUUGGACUUUUAUGGUACCAUUCCUUGUGUUCAAACGAAGUCUUUUGCACCAAUACAAUACCGGACGUCUUGAAAGUUUUUGAUAAGGGUAAAGAAAUGCGGUAUACUUUCUGUCCGUUCAGUUUAUCAAAUGGUACGAUAUUGAACAAACAUUGUAUUUCUUACAAUUUUUCUGAAAAAUCGAAAAACGAAAAUAAUGAUUCUCAAGAAAUAAUUUUUUACAUUUGUAUUUCAAUAGGAUGUCUUGUAUGUGGCGCUUUGUUUGUAUACGCAGUGAUUCAGAGGAAUCCUACUCUAUUAAAAGGUAACAAAAGAGUUAUAUUUGUUAAGCACAAGUCUAUAGACGCUCUUAUUUUACCACCUCAAUUGCCUAUAAGAAAAGAAUUUACAAAGGAACCUGAAACAUUACAAUGUCCUGUUUCUGAGAAAAGUAAAAUUUUCCUGUUGUCGGAUAACUUAGAUAAGUUAUCUUCUAAUAAUUUUAUUCGAUCUAUUUCUUCAAAAAGUUCCGAAAGCAAUGAUGCAAGUUACAUAUCCGCUAUACAACCCACUGAGGAACAGCUGAGAGAGUGGCAUUCAAGUCAAAUUGUGAGUCAAAUUUACAACAGGUCAGCGUCCGACGCCGAUAUAUCGCCAUUUUCUAGCAUUUACGAAAGAGACUCUUUACCUUAUUACUCGAUUCACACCAGAGAGAAGCUUUACGAAGUUCCGAAGCAAAAUUAAAAUUUAGUUUUGUGAAAAUAAAAUUAUUUGUGUCCAACUUUGUAAAAUCAUCUAUAUUUAAUAUUUUAUGAUAUUUUUUAUGCAGUGUAUAAAAAAAGAAAAAGUGGAAUGACCCAUUGACCACCCAUCCAUACCCAUUUGACCAUUUUUUAUUUGUUUUUAAAAGUUCAUAUCCAAGAAGAUUAAUAUAUGCAAAUAAGUAAA